AUGCUUCAUCGCAAGUCGCCACGAAAGACUCUGGCCAUUCACGAUGGAACUUUCCCCGCUCUCCUCAAGACCUUGUCCGACCCUGCAGAUGCUGUCGUCACACGCGAUCUCACGUUGCUCUCCCAAAUUUCAAAGAACAGCGACGACUCUUACUUUACCUCCUUCAUGAUUAAUCUCUUGAAGCUCUUUUGUACAGACAGAAAAUUGCUCGAGAUCAGAGGGAACCUCAUCAUCCGUCAGUUGUGCUUGAACCUCAGCGCAGAACGUAUCUACCGCACGCUGGCAGACUGCCUGGAGAAGGACGACGAUGUCGAGUUCGCAAGUAUCAUGGUGCAGAACCUGAAUAAUAAUCUCAUUACCGCCCCAGAAUUGGCCGAUCUCAGGAAACGCUUGCGAAACCUCGAGAACAGAGACGGCCAGACAUUCUUUGUCACCUUGUUCAGAGCGUGGUGUCAUAACGCUGUAGCCACGUUUUCGCUUUGUCUGCUCGCUCAAGCAUAUGAACAAGCUUACAACCUGCUGCAGAUCAUCGCAGAGCUCGAGAUGACAGUCACCAUGCUGAUCCAGAUCGACAAACUGGUCCAAUUACUCGAGUCGCCUGUAUUUACCUAUCUCCGACUUCAGCUCCUUGAGCCGGAGCGCUUCNCCCACCUUUACAAGUGUCUUUACGGUCUUCUGAUGCUUCUACCGCAGUCUUCGGCAUUUGCAGCGCUUAAGAAUCGCCUGAAUAGUGUCAGCGCGAUCGGCUACUUGCACAUUGCCCCAAGAACGUGA